ACAUCCCAAACGUCACUUCCGGUUAUUAUUUUGACAGCAAAACACUGCAACAUUUUGCAAUACUAAUCUCUGGUCCCCAUUAUAUGGGUAUUUUAACACCUUUUGUGUUUUUUGCUUCACAUUUAUUAGCUCAAUUUACUUGUGUGGUGGAAUUGGCAAUAUUCGGAAAAAGAUCAGUCUUCUGGUUCUAGCUAGCAGAAGAUGAAGGUCCCUAGCGAUGAAAAUGAGGUGGUGGAGGAAGGCAGUAGCAGUUCAACACCAGUAGACAACUCCAACAACGAGGAAAUUCCACCUUAUCUACGCGAAGAACCUCCUGAAGAUGGAGAGAAGGACCACCCUAAGACCGAGGCGGGGGUCAUCUGGAGGGUGACCGGCGGUCUCUUCAACAUGACCAGAGGGGCGGUCGGCGCGACAUGGGGAGGCGUGGCCUGGGUGGGCUGUAAGAGCUAUGACAUCACCAAGACGGUGGUGACCAGCGUGCCGGCCGCCGGCGUGGGAUUAGUCAAAGGCGGCGUUUCCGUGGUGACGGGAGGAGUUGGAGCGGUAGGGUCCGCAGUAGCCAGUAAAGUUACACCAAAGAAAAAGGAUAAGUCUGAUUAAGCCUAGACCCAACUACCACCCCAAUCUAUGCGUCCUUCAUUAUAUGUCUGCUGUGCAUAGGAUACAUCUGGUUACUAAUGGUAACGAUUCAGAGUUGAGAUAAGCCCAAGUAACUUGGAUUUCCACGUAAAUCAUUCAAUGACAUCAAUGGGAAACUUGCGUGAAAAGCCGAGUUAAGCUUGCAGAUCUCAAGUCAGAAUACUACCCUAGGGCAGCAUUACAGAGGGAAUUUUAUGGGAUUUGUGAUGAUAUAGGAACGUUGGACUUACUGCCGAUGUACUUCUGAGAGGGAUCUCAUGUUUUUGUGAUUGAUCUCGGUGUGGGAAGGGAAGGGCAUAAUAAUAUGACGACCACGCACAUUUGUCAUGCAUAAGAACAAUUUGGUAGCGAUUCAGCAAGGACAAAUCUACACAUUUCUCAAAGACUUGAGUUUAUUUCAAUUCUUCCAGUUUUAUUAUCUUUACAUUAGUAUUAAAACAAAGUGAAAGGUACUUUACACAACUUAAUUUCAUCAGUUUGACAUCGGUGAUUGGAGAAUACACACCAAACGAUGUGUGUAUGUGAAUAUGUACAGAGUAUGUGUUAUAAUAGAUAUGUGAAUAAUAGGUACGUGAAUCCUAUUGAUGCAGAUGGAGAGGGACUUUGCAGUCUUGAAACUCCAUUGCAACUUGGAUUUUUUAUUGUACAACAGGUGAGGGGAUUUUUUUUGUUGCUUCAUGAGUUGGAGACCUGUUAAAUAAAGCGUGUUAUUGCAUUGAAACGGA